AUGUUGUUGAAAUCUCUUAGCCCUCUUCUGGGCUGCCUCGCCGUCUCCCAGACCGUUUCUGCAUCACUAUUGCCCCGCGAUGGCGAUGACUCUGGUGGUCACCCCUGGAUUAAUCAUGACGCCGUCGUUCCAUUCACUCAGAAGCCUUCAGUCGUUGGUGGAAGUUUGGAACUUCGUUUCAACCCCUUCCUCUUCGUUUCGGGAGGUUGCGAUCCUUACCCGGCAGUAGAUGCCCAGGGCAACCUUGGCGCUGGUCUGAAGCCUACUGGUGGUGGCCGCAGUGGCUGCGGUGAUGGUGGCUCGGCUCAAGUCUAUGUCCGUCGUGGAGAGAGCCAGGGCCGGAAGGCAAUUAUCUACAGUUAUUACAUGCCCAAGGUCCGUUGGGCCAAGGGAAAUAACAACGGUCAUCGCCACUACUGGGCUAGUGUCGUUGUCUGGGUCAACCGCUUCGGCUGCGACGACAGCGACAUCACGUCCAUCUGGCCCGUCGGAAUCUCCUACACCACUGACCACCUGAACUGGGGCUCGGCUUCUGCCGGAGAAGUCUCUUUCAGGUCCUCGGAUGUUGGCAUCGAUAUGGCUACACACCCCAAGAUCCAAAUUCACGACGAGGCCAUCGCGCCCUUCACCGGCGCCGAUGGUGAUAAGCUUUUCGAGCGUACCCUCAUCAGCUGGGACUCCCUCCCCGCGCUCGCAAAGAAGGCGUUGACGGACGUCAAGUACGAGAAGACCCAGGUUCCCUUCACGGACGAGCACUUCCAGGCUCAGAUUGACGCUGCCUACCGUGAUGGUUUCUAUGCUGGUGUAAAGAAGGAGCCUGACUGCCCUUCAAAUGAUGUGCCUCCAGCCGAUGACCCGCCUGUCACUACAACGGCCGCGGCUGCCGAGCCUACCGGCUUGGACAAAUAA